GUGGGCGGAGCUGGUCUUUGCUCCUUUCAUAAGCUCAGGUGUGGGCAAUUAGGCAUUCCUCAGCAAACCUGAAGCUGCGACUGCUUGGUCCAAGUUGGUGUUUUUAAAUUUCUUUCAAUGAAAGCUUGAUGCGGGUCCCCCUAAACUUCUGUUAGAACGGUAUGUUACACUAAAUGUACCACUUGAGCUCUGGCCGUUGGCAGAGAUUUACAGUUAUUUGCACCCUUGUAGGUAGGAAAUAUUGCGUUCCUGUGAGAACAGUGUAGUGGACUUCACCGCCACUGACCCACAUUUAUAAAGGUGUGACGGGAACUUGUGGACAGUUCAUCCUGCGUUUUCGGGUCCACAAAUCUGUCUGCCGCACACCUACACCUGCAUAUACGAUGCAAGGCCUAAAGGACGUCCAGGUCAGUCAUGGAAGAUGGCUACGCCCUCCCUGAGCCUGGUUCGGCUGGAGGUUUCCACCUGUUAAAGGGAAGUUUUUUUCCUUCCUGCUGUCGCCAAAGUGCUUGCUCAUAAGGGGUCAUAUGAUUGUGGCUUAAAAGUGAUAUCUCACUGAAUGUCAUCUGGGUAGCAGUGAUAAGAAACGUAGUUAAAAUUUGCUGAAGAAGAACCUAUAUAACAGAAAUUGCAAAGGCCCCAAAACAGCACCUUGUGGCACACCAUAUUCAGAACAGCCACAGAAAAGAAAUAAUCCAAAGUAGACUCCAGUAUGACCAGUGAGUAUGUCAGUCUUUUGAGCAGGAGCUCUGUGGUAGGCAGUAAACAACGUUCCUCCUUAAUUCAACUCACAUGUGGUUUAUUUCUUAUCAAAGUUCUCCUUUUUUUUUUUUUUUUUCUUCCCUCCAUUCUUAUGUGAUUGAAAUUAAUGCUGGUUCAAUACAAUGAACAAAUGCACUGCUGAGGGGCAGCUGUCAAUUUCCUACAUCACAUAAGAAGUCAGACCACCGCAGAAUAAAAUGUAAAAGGAUAGGCAAAUAUUGUCAUAUAUGAAAUUAUUUUAGCUUUUUUUUUCACCUCUUAUGUUAGUUUUAUAUUUUUAGAACUUGCGAAACCAUUUUGAAUUCUACCCGUCCAUUUUAUUAACUGUUUAUCCAACUUGGCGUCACAGAGGCUACCUAGUCUAUCCCGGCUCUAACAGGGAAAAUAUCAGUACACAGUAAAGACAUUACCAGGCCAUCACAGGGCUAACACGGAGAAACGGGCAACAUUCACACACUUUAGAAUCACCAGUUAACCAAAUAAGCACUUUUAAUUUUGCCAAGUCAUUCACUCAUUCAGCAGCCCUUAUUUUUGGUCAUGUGACUCUGUUAACCAAUGUGAUGAUACUUUUAAGAAAGCAAAUCCAACUGUUGUUACUAACCAUGGCUUGGCUUAUUUACCGCAUGUUGGCCAGCUGCCUCAUACAGAUUGCGGAUGCCAGCACACUCUGUAAUAUGAAUGUAGGGAAAGCAGGUGGUCCAGGUGCUGUUCCAGGAUGGGGAAUUAACUGAGGAAUUCAUAAUGAAUGCACUGUCCACACCUCCUGUAAGACAUCCACUAGUGUUGUUCUCAAACAGUCUGUGAUAACAUGUUUGGCGACAACAUGCCAGUUGCUCAAACAGCAAAAAUCAUGAAAUGUCUGGAGGGACUGGUCCUCAGAGACUUUAUGGAUUCUCUCCAACCUACUGUGGACUCACAUCAGUAGUUAUACAAAAGUGAUGAUAUCAUUUGCAUCACCCUCCAUGCUCUUUAGCACCACCCAGACAGCAAGGAACAAACGCGUGUCUAUUUUUUUGUGUGGAUUACAGCUCAGCAUUCAACACAGUCAUCCAAAACACGACUGUUUGGUCUGCACACAAUCUGCAACACACAUUUUUCAUUUAUUAUUCUAUUGUAAAACUUUCUCAGACAAAUGUAAUAUUUUGUAAGAGUACUAACACUCGCACAUAGCGUUGUUCCAUCCCAUUUUAACGUCAUUUAAGCUUACCUGAUUGGAACUGUGUGCGAACCUGUUUCUGUGAGUGAGUAAGUGUGUUCCUUUCGAGGUAGUGGACACAAUUUAAUUUAAUUUUAUUAGUCGAUGACGAUAAAGGAAUUCUGAAUUCUAAAUUUCGAAGAAGAGAUAACAAACGGUGUCAUGGUGACGCUGUGUUGUCAUCAUGUAAUUACAACAAAUAGCCACCAGGGGUCUGUAGAACUCAGUGACUGACUUCUGCGCAACAGGAAUAAAAGGGAUAAAAAUAUUUCUUCUUUACAGUCCUGAAGUGAAUUCAAAUUAGGAGGUCACAUACAACUACAACAACAACGAUGAUGAUGAUGAUGAUGCAUUUUUACUGAAUAAGUCUUUGGUGUCUUUUUCAUAGCUCUUUCACACAUUUUAUACUUAUCUAUAUGUGUGUAGGCUCUAUGUUUAAACAUAAUUAUGUGCGUUAUAUUUCAUUUUGCAAACUUGCUAAAUCUUUUUUUGAAAAUGAUUUUUGGUAUUUAAUUUUAUUAUUAUACGUAUAUGUUAGAAUGUGAACAAUCGGCUAACAAGGUGAAAAGGUCACUUCUCAUCUCACUGUGAGUUCAACUGUGAUUAUGGGACCGUUUACCGGAUCUCGUGGCUUAAAGCAGAGUCUGUUUCCUUGGUGCAAACACGUCACUCACAGGUCACUUUAAAAACCAGCUCCUCUUAUUGCAAGAAAGAUGUUGUUUUUUUUUAAAUCAAAGGCCCAGUAUCUAUUAUUGUCAGUGAAUGUGCAGUUUCAGCAAAAUAAAAUAAGCAAUCAAAUUCGACGGUUUACGCUUUCUUUGCUUUAUCUUUAGAUUUAUUUAUUUUUUUAUUUCUCUUAACUAUAUUUAGCAUAAGUAGUAAAAUCUGUUGUCCAGUCUAAAUGUGUGCCCUCAAAACACACUGUUUAAGGAGUAAGGAAGGAAUGACUGUCCUUUAAAUGUAACGCCCAGUAGGAUUAAGUUCACCUUUAAGGUGAUGGUAUGAAGAAUUGUUGGAGACACGUGAUUAAAAUCCGGUGAAGUGCUGUGGGGCUGUGGGAGUGUGAGCCUCUGAGCGGCAGACGGAGAAGAGCAGCGUUCGUGGCAGGUAAGAUCACGCUGUGUGCAUUUACAAGUCAGAUGCGGUGUCCUGCUGCACAGGAGGGAGAUUUUUUUUUUUUCUCUGUGAGCUUUGACUAAAAACAGCCUUUCCGCGAACAGAUUUGUGCUCAUAUUUUGAAUGGCGACGCCUAAUGAAGCAGUUUGACACAUUAUCACGGGAUAUCUUUGGUCACACCUGCGGGAGAAUCGUCCUGCAUUUGGUGUGGGAGCAGGCACGCUGACAACCUGUGGAUUCCAGCAGCGAGACAAACGCGUCCAGAGUGUUUGCAGCUGAUCUGCUGUGUGCCGUGCACGCUGGGUAAUUGUGGGAAUUUGUGAUCCGGUGAUAAAGAAUCGUCUGAAGGGUGUAACACCGGUCCAGGAAAUGCCAGAGUGUGCUUGACCAAAGAAGAUGCCGCCCCUCUUUAAUGAAAGUACAGAGCAGCUCCAUGAUCCCCCACGAGAAGCAUGGUGAACUGUAGCAUUUCAGACUCGGCGACACAAAGAUCAAGACGUUGAGAGAGAAUGAAGAGGUGCACCUUUCCUGACUUAACCUUUUUCUGACUCUUUUUUUUUUUGGUCAGCCUUACACCUUGGGACCUACGGGAGAAAGACAACUAGCGAUAAUAAUCGGCUGAUGCAACACUUUCAGAAACUGACAAGCUAAAGAAAUAUCCAGUUAUUGCCUAGAGCUGUCACACACACACCGGCUGCAGCUGUACCACAAAGAGGAGUGGAGUUAGUCACCGAGUAUGGGAUGUGACAUUCACAGUGCUAAGUUGUCCCCUGGAUGUCAGGACCCCAGGAACAAAUGAGCAGCAGUGGAUUUGGCAGCAGCUCCAGCUUGCUUCAGGGCCGGCGUUUUUAUUGCCGGGAAUGGGCCCUGGACAAGCUGCGUCGCUGCCUGGACGCCCGCUCGGGGCCCGGGCAAGCUCCCGGGAUCCUGGUAACGGGGGGACCUGGUGCCGGGAAGACAGCUCUGUGCACCGAGGUGGUGUCCCCCACCUCAAAGGCAGGGCUGGCAGUUGGGUUGGCACAGCGUUGCCUUGCGGCCCACUUCUGCCAGAGGGAGGACCAGACGAGUACAGUGCUGUGGAGGUUUGUCCUGGGCUUGGUGGAACAGCUGAGGGCUUCUCCUCUCCUCUCUCCAGGGUACGAAGAGCUCCUUAACAGCCCAUCUGUAUCCUCUUCCCUGGAGCCUCUCACGUGUCAAAGAGACCCUAAUGAGACCUUCAAGAGAGCAGUGUUGGAACCCCUGUCGGACCUUCCUCCUCCUGCCCAGACUCUGAUGAUGGUUAUAGACUCACUGGACGUAGAAUAUGGACCAAGGGAAGGAGUUAGGAAGAGUGGCUCCAUUGCAGAGCUUUUAGCCUGCAGUCAACACCUGCUGCCCAGCUGGUUGCUGCUCGUCUGUUCGGUCCGCCGCCAAAACAAGGCCCUGUGCAAGAUGUUCUCAAGUUUUCGUAAACUCUGUCUGGAUGAUCUGCGGAAGCCUCCAGCAGUCCGUGACGUACAGCAGUACAUCCUCUGUCGUCUGGAUGAAGAAGCAGCGCUUCGUCGACAGCUCACCCCUGAUACCGCUGAUAUGCUGAAUCUUCUGCACAUCAAAAGUGGCGGCUGCUUUCUUUUUCUUCAGCGUGUUCUGGACUGUGUGGCAGCUUCGCUGGUGGGUCUGCGAGAGAUCCGGGACAUCCCCGGGACUCUCAACGGACUCUACCUUUGGCUGUGCCAGAGAUUGUUCCCCCGAGGGCGCUUCAUCUACGUAAGGCCUCUCCUCAAUGCCCUCUUGGCUGCCCCGAGGCCCCUAACACCCCAGCAGCUAUUCAUGGCAGUCUGGACUCAGGACACCUUAUUAAGUCUUCAGGACUUUGAGAACAAACUCCAAACCCUCUCUGCGCUCCUAAUCGAUGGAACCGGAGGCACCAAACUAAUUUUUCAUGCAAGCUUUACAGAGUGGCUGACAGAUGUUAAGUACUGCACACAGAAAUACCUGUGUAGCAGAACAGAAGGUCAUAGCAUGCUUGCAUCAUCUCUGACUCUACAGGGACCUAACCUUGACGUUGAGGAAACUUGCCAGCUAGCCACACACUUAAUUUGCUCAGGGCACCAUAAAGAUAAACCUGCAUUUUUGGCACUGUGGAUGCUGUGGGCAGGUGUACGUGCUCUUAACCCCACCUGCAGUAAAGCACUUGCCACAUCCUUAGCUCAGCUUCCUGUUUCAGUGAGUCAGGAUGUUGCUCAAUUGCUGAUGAGAAGUGGACUAGUCUCUCGAACUCUUUUUUCUGGAGCAGACUCAAGCGAUGCAAUGCAUAGUGUAGGUAAAGAAGGAAUUAAUGUGCAACAGACACUUGAAAGGGAGACGUCUAUAAAGGACCUGCUUGCCAGUGGCAUGUCUGUAAACCAGCCUGGUUCUACAGAUGGACAGACUCUGCUUGCUAGUGCAGCCCACGAGGGUUCUGCAAAUUUAGCUAAACUUCUCCUUUCACAUGGCUCUGAUCCACUCAUCAGUGAUCAUCAGGGUCAAACGCCACUGACUUUAGCCUCCAGGCAGGGUCACGUCAAAGUGUUGUCUGAACUCCUGGAAUGGGCCAAGAGCCAGGACCAAAAAACUGCAGUACAGAUGAUGGAGCAUGUUGACAAUGAAGGAUGGACAGCGUUGCGCUCUGCAGCUUGGGGUGGACACGCUGAGGCUGUCCAUCUACUGCUGGAUGCAGGAGCAGAUGUAGAUGGAUGUGACAGCGAGGGCCGAACUGCUCUCAGAGCUGCUGCAUGGGGCGGUCAUGAUGAAAUUGUUCUCACACUACUGGACUAUGGGGCUCAAGUUGACAAAGCUGAUAGCAAGGACCGCACACCACUUAUCGCAGCUGCCUAUAUGGGACAUCAUGAAGCAGUGGCAAUAUUGUUGGACCAUAAUGCACGUGUUGAUUUGGCUGAUGGAGAUGGGCGCACUGCUCUGUCAGUUGCAGCUGUCUGUGUCCCUACAGCAGCAGGGGUCAAAGGUUUUGGAGAGGUAGCAAGUCUGUUACUGGAGCAUGGAGCAGAUCCAGGGCACAGAGACCAUGAUGGAAUGACACCGCUUCUUCUUGCAUCCUAUGAGGGCCAUGAAGAUGUAGUCGAGCUUUUGUUAGAAGCUGGUGCUGACGUAGAUGAAACUGCUGGACCUGACGGCAGUGUGCCUGCUGCUGCUGCUGUUACUCCCCUCCUGGCAGCAGCAGCAAUGGGACACAUGAAGACCGUGUCACGGCUGCUUUUCUGGGGAGCGGCUGUGGAUGCCAUUGAUUGUGAAGGCAGGACGGCACUAUGUCUAGCAGCAGCCAGAGGGAGCGUAGAGGUUGUCCGUACAUUGCUGGACCGAGGCCUGGAUGAGAACCAUAAAGAUGAUCUUGGCUGGACUCCAUUGCACGCUGCUGCGUGUGAAGGACAUCGUGCAGUUUGUGCCAUUUUGACAGAAGAAGGCAGCAUGGCACGAGUUGGAGAGAUGGACAUCGAGGGACGCACUCCCCUUAUACUAGCUGCCCAAGAAGGCCAUUGGAGCACUGCCAAACUUCUAUUAGACAGACAGCCUCCCAUUGACCACAGGGCCUAUGAUGGGCAUUCUGCCUUGAGUGCUGCACUCCUGGAGGGCAAUGCUGAUGUUGCAGAGCUGCUUAUGAAACGAGGGGCUGAUACUGAUGUCCGGGAUGCCGAAGGGCGUCCUUUGCUCUACCUCCUAGUAUUGGAGGGUCACCUUGAUAUGGCUACUCUCCUAAUUGAGAAAGGGGGUGUUCCUCUGGAGUCCAGAGACUCUGAGGGCCGUACAGCGCUUCAUGUGGCUUCCUGGCAAGGAUUUGUAGAGAUUGUAGACCUACUUUUAAGACACGGGGCGAAUCCCAAUGCACAAGAUGCAGAGGGGAGACCACCAAUACAUUCAGUGGCUUGGACAGGACACGCUAAAGUAGGACAUCGCCUCCUAGAAGCCAGUGGCAUCAAUAUAAACCUUGCUUGCCAUCAGGGGGCAACAGCUCUGAGCAUCGCUGCCCAGGAGGGACAUGCUAACAUCGUUGCAAUGCUUCUAGAAAGAGGCUCAAAUCCCAAUCACAUGGAUAAAUAUGGCCGCAGUCCGGUCAAAGUGGCUGGGAAACAUGGACACUAUAACAUUGUCAGGAUGUUGGAGAGCUAUGGAGCCAAGCCAUAUCUAGGUGUGUUGCCUAACUCUAGUACUGUAUCCCCUUCAAAAUCCAACAUGAUCUCAUCUUUAGGAAUCUCAGAAAGUAGUGGAGGUGAAGUAACUGCUGCAACCUCAUCGUCCUCGGUUUCUUCUCCAGGAUCCACUGCAGAACGAUUCCACUCCAUGCAGAGCUCCCAAACCUCAUCGACCUGCCACUCACUGGCCACGGUGCAGACGGUGCCAGCUGACAGCCUCAGCUUUAUACAGCAGAUCCAACAGCACUCACUGCCCCGCAGUCGUAGCCGUAAUUCCACCCUCCCUCCACCAGGGGGCUCGGGCAUAGGCAGUCUCCACGGAAGCGGUAAGAGGCAACCCAAAGGCAGCCCUCCCCCUACUGUGUGCACAGUCACUGCCAUAGUGCAUAAUUACGAAUUGCCUCAGAAAGACCUAUCAUCUGGACUUGAAUAUCAUGACAAAAUAAACAAACAAAGCUCAAAUUUAAUAAAAACAGAGAGGACUAAUUACACAGGUGGUAAAUGGAACUCUGUAAUGGCUUCACUUGGGAUAAUGCCAGGACAGGACCAACCGCUAGGUGCUAAAAACCGAGAGAACGCUCCUCUCGGAUACCCGUACAGGCUUCAGAACCCACUUCAAGAGGAAGCUUGGGAUUCUAAACCCCAGAAGAACAUUUUGUCACCGGUUUGCUACAGCUUUUCCCCCGUCCCACCCUGUAGUGCCUUGCCAGAUGAUGUAAUGCUCACUAUGACAACCACAGACCCACAGCUUAAUCUCAAACGGGCCAUCAAACUGCAGUUUGAGGGUCCCACCAGUGUAGCCUUACACAAGAGAGAGACGCCUCUGUGACUGGUACUCAAGAUUGUAGGGGUCCUGGAGCCUAUCCCAGCUGUUACUGGGCGGGAGGUCGAGCACACCCGGGACAGUUUAACAGUUGAUCACUGAGCUAACAGACAGCCAUUCAUACCCAGAUUCAAAAGAGUAAAAAUUACUAAUUGAUCUAAAGUAAUUAAGUGGAGAGAACCACACACUUACACUGCACAGCACUUAUUUCCCCUUUCUUUUUUAUUCACAUGCUAAUGAUUUUCUUUCUUUUAGGUGGAGUGGGACAUUUUAUGUUCAAGGAGAUGGCAGUUUUUUUUUUUUGUUUUUUUUUUUU